UGUGAGCAAGAAAGCCAGCAGGGGUUCUGUUCCAGGGGACGUGGCACAAAGGCAGAGCAAGAUGGGACUUACGGGUUUGUGAAAAAAAAGGAACCGCUGUCUCCCUGGAUUUCCUAUUCCCGCAGGGCAGAGCACAGGAUGUAUGGCUCUGCCCUCAACUGGUAAUUCGAUAUCUUCAGACUUCAGCCCAGAGUCGGAGAUUAUAACUUUCUGGAAAUCAUCUGCAGCCUGGUGCCAAUCAAAAAGCCAGUCCAAGAGAAGCUGCAGGGACAGCACCAGCGGUUCCCAAAAGCCCCUGCAGGCGAAGCUUGGUUUGUGCAGUUUGCGUCUCUUUGGGACAAAGUGAGGAUAAAAGGUUAAAACAAUUCUCUAUAUAAUUGCACAAUUGGGAAUAUUUUAAUAUUCCUGGGUGAAGAAUCUGUACCAGCAUGUCUGCCUAUUACAGGAAUAAUGGGUAUGAAGAAGAUCCAGAUUACCCUGACUAUUCAGGGUCUCGGAACCAAACGCAGGGGUAUUUGAAAACUCAGGAUCAUCCAGAUCUUCCAGAUCCUUUGAACAAUCCAGACUAUCCCAGCACCAGGAACAACUCAUACUCUGCAGGAUCCAGAACAAAUUCAGACUAUCCCGUAUCUCUGGCAGGGCCAGAUUACCCUGGAUCUCAGAGUAAUCCAGAUUAUCCCAGGACUAGGAGAAAUCCAUACACUGCAGGCUCUAGAACAAGUUCAGAUUAUCUUGGACCUCUGGCAGAGCCGGAUUAUAUUGGCUCUUGGAGCAAUCCAUACCACCGAGUCUCGUCCAGAGAGCCAGACUACCCUGGAGCUCAACAAAUUCCUGAUUUCCCAGGUUCCAGAAGCAGUGAAAACUAUGCAAGUUCCAGAACAAAUCCAGAUUAUUUGGGCUCCUUAGAAGAACCAGACUACCCUGGAGCUCAGGGUGACUCUAAUCAUCUUGGCCCCAGAGCCAAUUCCAAGCAGCCAGGCUCCAGAAGGAAUCCAGAAUAUGCUGGUUCCAGAAGCAAUCGAUACACAUACUCUCUGAGAGAGCCUGAUUAUCCAGGUGUUGAGAAUCAACCUAACUCUUCAAACUUUUGGGGGAAACCAGACUACCCCGGUGCUGAGGAUUAUCAGAACUCUCCAAACUUUUGGGGAGAGCCUGAUUACCCAGGUGCUGAGGGUGGUAGUGAUUAUGGUUCUUCUGAGACCCCAGCAAUGACCAGGGGGGUGCUCACCAGAACAUCUCAGAUCCAGCCUACAAUCCGUCACCAGAGUGAUGUCCCCUUGGGUACCCUUGGGAGAGAGAAUGAAGAUGACCCAGAAAGCAUCGAAAUGACAUCCAUGGAGAUGGCAAAUCCAUGUGGCCCUUCUGUGCCAGGUGCUCCUGGAAGUGGAUAUGUGAACCCUGCUUUUGCAGACGGACAAAGCCCAGACCAUCCUUACAAAGACCCAUCACUGUCUGGACGUGACUGGCACAAGUCACCCCAAGAACAAAAGUUAAUCGCAUCUCUGAUAACCCUGGCACCUAGAGAAAGAGAUAAAGCCAUCAGGAACCAGCCAAGAACCAUGGAGGAGAAAAGGAACCUUAGGAAAAUUGUUGACAAAGAGAAAAGUAAACAGUCUCACCAUAUCCUCAAGCUCAAUUGCUGUACUCAGUGUUUGAAUUCCAUUUCACUGGCUUACCGGAGAUCCAAGAACAGCCUGUCGGAACUCCUCAAUUACAUCAGCCUGUGGCAGAAGACGCUCAAGGUCAUCGGCAGCAAAUUUGGAACCAGCGUGCUCUCCUACUUCAACUUUCUGAAGUGGCUUUUGAAGUUCAACAUUUUCUCCUUCAUCGUAAACUUCAGCUUCAUCGUCAUCCCUCAGUUAACUGUGCCUCAGAAGAACAUCCUCCUGUUCACUGGGUUGGAAUUUUUCACUGGGGGGGGUUACUUUAGGGACACAGUGAUGUACUACGGCUAUUACACCAAUUCUACAAUCCAGCACGGGAACAGUGGGGUCUCCUACAACAUGCAGCUGGCCUACAUAUUCACAAUCGGAGUGAGCUUGAUCAUCUGCUUUUUCAGUUUGCUGUACAGCAUGGCCAGAUAUUUCCGGAACAACUUCAUUAACCCCCACAUUUACUCCAGAGGGAUCACUAAACUUAUCUUUUGCUGGGACUUCACUGUCACUCAUGAAAAAGCUGUGAAGCUGAAACAGAAGAACCUUAGCACCGAGAUAAGGGAGAACCUGUCAGAAAUCCGUCAGGAGAACGUCGAGUUAACACGAAAGCAACAGCUGACCCGCUUGUCCGCCCACAUGGCAGCCUGGGUGCUCUCUACCGGGGUGGCCAUCGCCUGCUGUGUAGCCGUUUAUUACCUGGCUGAGGAAAACUCAGAGUUCCUGAGAAAGCACCACAACCCGGGUGCAGUGCUGUUACUGCCAUUCGUUGUGUCCUGCAUCAACCUGGCUGUUCCGCGCUUGUACUCCAUGUUCAGGCUGGUGGAGAGGUAUGAAUUGCCGCGGCACGAAGUCUACAUCCUCCUCAUCCGAAACAUCUUUCUAAAAAUCUCAAUCAUUGGGAUUCUUUGUUACUAUUGGCUCAACAUCGUGGCCCUGUCUGGUGAAGAGUGUUGGGAAACCCUCAUUGGCCAAGAAAUCUACCGGCUCCUUCUGAUGGACUUCGUGUUCUCUUUAGCUGAUUCUUUCCUGGGGGAGUUUCUGAGGAGAAUCAUUGGGAUGCAAUUUACCACAAGUUUUGGCUUACAGGAAUUUGACAUUGCCAGAAAUGUCCUAGACCUGAUCUACGCACAAACUCUGGCAUGGAUUGGAAUCUUCUUCUGCCCUCUGCUGCCCUUUAUCCAAAUGAUUACUCUUUUCAUCAUGUUUUACGUCAAAAAAGUCAGCCUGAUGAUGAACUUCCAGCCUCCGAGCAAAGCCUGGCGGGCCUCGCAGAUGAUGACUUUCUUCAUCUUCUUGCUCUUUUUCCCCUCCUUCACCGGGGUCCUGUGUACCCUGGCCAUCACCAUCUGGAGAUUGAAGCCUUCAGCUGACUGUGGUCCCUUUCGAGGGCUGCCUUUCUUCAUUCACUCCAUCUACAGCUGGAUAGAGAAGCUCAGAAACAGGCCUGGCUACCUGUGGGUUGUUUGGAUCUACCAGAACCUCAUCGGAAGCGUGCACUUCUUUUUCAUCCUCACCCUUAUUGUGUUAAUCAUCACCUAUCUUUACUGGCAGAUCACAGAGGGAAGGAAGAUUAUGAUCAGACUGCUCCACGAACAGAUCAUUAAUGAGGGCAAAGAUAAGAUGUUCCUGAUAGAAAAGUUGCUCAAGCUGCAGGACAUGGAGAAAAAAGGGAAUACCAGCUCACUCACACUGGAAAGGAGAGAGGUGGAGCAACAAGGCUUUCUGCAUGUGGGGGAACAUGGUGCUGCUUCUGACCUGCGAUUUAGGCGAUCAACUCAAGAAGAUAAUCCAAAGGCCUAACAAUUGUGUGGUAGCCAGACAACAAUCACAUAAGGAAAGAUUAAAAUGGAACAAAUUCAUGACAUCUGGGCCUUUUGGAGCUUCCCAGAAGGGGAAUCACAGGACUUUAAUCAGGAGUGGAAACUGACCACAAGGUAAAUGCCAACAUAAAAUUGGGCAUUCCCUGCUGUUUUUGAAACAUGAAUGAACUGAUGAUUUUUCAGGACAAAACACUUUGAGUUUUCUCCAAAAGACAAUUGGAAUAUUUAAACUAGCUCACAAAACCCUGAGAAGAGAAAACCUAGGAAAGACGUAUUUUGUCUUCAAGAGAUAUAAAUAAGAAGUAUUGGCCCUCAGAGAUCUCUCCUCCCAGACUUCGAAUUAGAAGUGUGUCAUUUUGCUUUUCCUGACAAAGAUUUGGAAAUGGGUUAAGAAGAAAGUGGUACAGCCUAAAUAAA